GUUUCGUUCGUAAGAACUGGUGCUUCAAAGUUGAUCACAGUCAUCUAAAGAUUUUUUCAGUGUGUCCUGCUUCAAAAUAACCCGGACUCCCGAUGCUCAAGCGGUAGCGCCCUGACGUAUAUUAAAGCCUAGUUGCCAGUGGAUGACCUACAGGCGGUGUCUUAUCAGUGAUGAAACCUCGGCAACUCCCUGUCUCAUAUCUGAGACGCGUCAAUUCCUACCACCAUCAUAGCAAAGUUCAUUUUCGUCAGUAUCUUUCUUGCUCCCGACAUCAUAAGAUGGCACGACUUCCUGUCGAACUCUUCGAAAGCAUCAUAGCGGAGAGCUGGUACCUUCCGCUGGACAAUCAAGACCGUCUUCAUCUGAUGAAGACAUUCCCCCUCAUCUGCCGGUUCUGGCUGCGUGCAUACCACCGUAUCUCAUUCAUCGACAUGUUCGUCCCCUCACGCGCAUAUGUCGACUACUAUCUCCAUUUUAUUUUCCUGGAAAAGGGAAAACAUUCUCUAUUUCGCAUGGAUGACUCUGAAGAAAUUGUUCUCAUCGCUGAAUACAUAUCCUCCCACUGCCGUUCGAUAACUGUAACCAUGUCUCACAAAAAUCAUCCUAAUCUCAGUUGGCCCUUCCUGUUCCCUCAUCUCCAUCUCCGUCGGGUGUCUUUCAUCAUUGAUGACCUACGGGAGCAACCAAUAAUAAUCCGGGCCCCGAGUAGGUUGCCCCCCAGCGUUGACGAGAUAGAGAUAAUUUUUCCCCACAGCGACUAUUGGAUGCACCAGAUCCGGCGUCCGUUCCUUUACCUCUCAACGGAGCGGUACAUUCGAGAUAACAUCUUAGUUAAUUUUAUAUUACCUAUUGUCUGCAAGGUCACCUUCAAAGGGGCCAAUUUCGCCCUCCUGUUUAUCGACGAGUUGAGGUGUCCAAUCCUCGAGACACUCAUAACUGAUGCAGUUGUGGACAUCGGUAAAGUGGGGUUCGACGUUGUGUAUGUCCGGCCUCCACCUUCGAAUCCUGAGGAGGUUUUGGACAGUUGGAUUACAAGUUGGAUCUCCUGGGUCAUUGGGCGACAAAUAUAGGCAUCUAUAUUUUCCCUUAGUAAUCCUGAAAUUUAUUCACGGACCUACAGGAUCACGGGUCUACAGGAGUGUUUCAGGUAUUACGGUGUGCUUGCAAUAGGUAAACACCUCGAACCUCACAAUAAGUGGCCGGUAAAAAGACCACCUGCACCUAUCUGAUUUUUUACGCACUAUUAAGUCCAUGACAUCUUCCUAAAAUUCAAUCUUCUUAUUACUUCUCAACAAUUCUUUCUGAAGUUCAUGUAUCUCAGUUUCUAAUUAUCUCUCCACGGUAUUUCUUAAGAUAUUAGGUCUAGACCUUUCAUAGCACCUCGAAUAUUAGUAAAUUUCUCCCACG